GGCUUCAAAGUCAUCAUAUCCGGACACUCAUAUGAAUCAAAAUAUUUUGCGCUGAAAAUUGGAUUCCUUAUUGGCGAUGCUAUUACACAUUAAUUAUUCCAUCAAAAAGCUGUAAUCAUUGAUGGUGGUUCUGAGCUUCCAAGUUGUGCUUCCAACCCCUUCACCACAACAGCAGCACCGCAGAACUGUAAGAAAUGGCAAUGGCGGCAACAGGAAUAACGUCACGUGGUGUGGGAUAGCGGAACCUUCCGGUGAGCCUGCUCCUUUGGGACAGAAGACGCGUUACAAUGACAGCAUGUUGGAGAAGGCGUUCAUGACUCUGUUUGCAAGAAAGAUGGAGAAGUUCGCAGAACCUGUGAAAGAGAAGAAGAAGAAGGAGGAGAAGGAGAAGAAGGGUUUGUGGGAUUGGGGUUAUGACUACGAGAGUUUCGUGAAUGUGUCGAAGAGGGUCAUGGAGCGUAGGUCACGUGCUCAGCAGCAGGAAGUUGUUAGAGAAGUUCUCUUGUCCAUGCUUCCUCCAGGUGCGCCUGCUCAGUUCAGGAAACUGUUUCCACCAACAAAAUGGGCUGCAGAGUUUAAUGCUGCAUUGACAGUGCCUUUCUUCCAUUGGUUAGUUGGGCCUUCUGAGGUUGUGGAAGUAGAGGUAAAUGGGGUGAAGCAAAAAAGUGGCGUCCAUAUAAAGAAAUGCAGGUACUUGGAGAACAGUGGCUGUGUGGGAAUGUGCGUCAAUAUGUGCAAGAUUCCUACCCAAGAUUUUUUCACUAACGAAUUCGGACUUCCAUUGACAAUGAUUCCGAAUUUUGAAGAUAUGAGUUGUGAUAUGGUGUACGGCCAAGCCCCACCCCCAUUUGAAGAGGACCCAGUUUCAAAACAACCUUGUUAUGCAGAAAUCUGUUCUAUUUCAACUCCAAGUUCCAGUGUGUGUCCUAAACUACAAUCUUGAGUAGGCACUCCAUUGAGAUUUAGCAUUCAUUUUACUUAUAGAAUAUAAUGACCCGACUGAUUUUCCUUUAUUAUUAGAUGUGGUAUAGAAUUUAUAAAAUCUAGGUUUCAUAUAUCAUUUAAUAUAAUAAACAAAAGUACAUUUUGUAUAUAAUAAAAUAAAAGUGCAAGUUCCAAAUAAAAAAAUUAGACA